AUGGACGCAGCUGGUCUCGCACAAAUGAACACCAACAACUUCAACAACCAGUCCAACGGGCUUGCCACGCCCGCUUCCGGACUUGCUUCCCGCCGAGGCGGCCAGAACCUCAAGCCUCUCUCCCUGGCUUCGCCUCCCGCCGGCCAACAAGACAACGGCGUUCCCACCCCACGCACGAGCCGCUCUCACCUGCUCGCUGGGCUUCGGACCGCCCCCAAAUCGGCCACUGCCUCCACCUUUGCGAACUCUUCAAGCAUGGCCUCUCCCACUGCCCAAACCUUCAGCAACCGCAACAGCAUCGCUGGCAGCAUCUACCCACAGGGUACCAAUGCCUACACUGCUCCCAAGACGGCUCUGCCCCAGUAUGGCCAGCAGCAGGCGUACAACCAGAUGAUGAACAUGAACCAGCAGCAGCAACAAUUCACAACUGAGCAGGUCCUCGCUCCUCCUGAGAUCCACGUCGACGAUCAGGACCAGAUGGACCCCCAGCUGUAUGCUCAGCUGGUCGCCACCAACAUGUACCUGGCCCAGCAGCAGCGAGCUCUUCAGCAAGAGCUCCUCAAUAUCCAGGUAGCUGCUCAACAGUUCCAGGGCCUCAAUAUCGGCGGUGCUCAGCAGCAGAUGCAGAUGCAGAUGCAGCAGCAACAGAUGGCCAUGUACCAGCAUCAGCAGCGUGUGCAGUCUAUGCAGCAGUCCAUGCUUGGCACCAUGGGCAAUCAGCAACAGAUGCAGCAGCAGCAGCAGCAACAAGUGUAUGCCUACGUCGAUCCCAUGACCGGACAGACCAAAUACUACGUUGACCCCAACGCUGGGCAGUCCAACAUGGCAGCCUUCAUUGAACAGUCUCAGCUUGCACAGGGCUACGGAAGCCAUCAGCCAACGCCGCAGAACAGCACGCCUCGCGUCCAGGUCUCCCCUCCCGCCGAGAACAACACGACUCCAUUCUUCCGCAGCAACUCGCCUCCUAAGCGCAACGAGUCGCCCAUUGACGUCGCUCCUCUCCCUCCCCCAUCCGCCAACGCCUUCCGUCGCGGCCACAAGAAGAUUGUCUCCCUCGCGAUGCCCAACCUCAACAACUCGCUCGCCCUUUCCAACGAUGCUCCCAAGUCCGCUGGUCCCCGGACUGCCUCUUUCCCAGUUACGCCGCUGACUGGUGGCUACGGACCGGGCCAGGCGCGGGCUGGCGAGCACCCAGUGCGCCAGCCCCGUGGCCCGCCCUCGAUUGAGGAACUCAAGGCCAAGCCUACCACAAAGCACGAGGGCAGCAAGAACUUUGCGGCUCGCACCCGUCGAUGCGCAGUUCACAACCUUGUCCGCGCCGGUCGGGAGAGGAGAAAGGGAACUGGCAGCUCGAGCGGAAGCAUGAGCCCCGUUUCCGAGAGCGCUGAGGAGGUGCACACCCCCAUCACUGACAACGAGUCUGACUCCGGGCGUAGUGGCUCGGGUAGCCUGUCCGGUGACAUGGAGUGCUCCCUGCCUAGCUCGCGCACCUCCACCAACGGCAGCUGGGGUGCUAUCGGGUCCGACCGCCCGGGUUCGCGCCAGAAAACGCGCAAGAGCCUCGAUAGUAUCAGCAGCGCCACGUCGGGUUGCGAGUCGGAGAGGGAUAACUCGUUUGCCAGCGUGUUCAAGAACGCCGGCCAGAAGACCGAGGUCGAGACGGCCGAAGGCCAGCGCAAGGCGCCCAUGCUGGUCCUGACAAGCGCCGAAAAGCGCAAGAGCGGCCCGCUGGCCAUGCCCUGA